AUUGAUUCUGAUACAUACUGAGUUACUGAGUAACAUUUUCUCCUCACAACACAACCAUCAAAAGUUUACUUGAUUGUGGUCGAAUGGUUGAUUAGUCAGUAGCGAUACCGGAAUCAUUGAGACACAUCAAUAUAAAAUGAUCGAUAAAUUAAAUUAACGAUAAUAAUACAGCGCAUUGGUAAAAAAAAUAGGAUAUAUUAUUGUCAUGUACUGUAAUUAUGAAUAAAUUAAACAAAUAUAUAUAAUCUGUGAAUUGAUAAAAUGGGAUCUAGAUUAAGGCAAAAUGUUAAACAUUUAUUCGAGUGUUUUUGUGAAGUGGCUGCUCCAGUUGGUGAAAAAUCACCAUGGAUUUUACAAAAAUAUCCAGAAUCAUUUGCAGAUAAUGAAAUAUUAAAGUCAGUGCCUAAAUUUUCUUACCCAUGUGAUUUUGAAAAGACUACUGUGCAACAUUUUUCAUUUGUACUGACGAGUAUCGAUUCUAAAUGGACUUUUGGUUUUUGUCGACAUGAUCCAAAAACAGAAACUGCUUUAGUUAUUUUGAGUUCACUCCCUUGGCACGAAAUGUUUUAUAAGCUUUUGAAUCUUAUUGCGACUCUGACAACCAGCAGCAAUAGUGGAGAUUUGUGGAAAUUUCUUGGAGAUGUUUACGCUAGUAAUGUUCCUAUGCCUGGAACAUCAGUUACGAUACCGUUACCCGAUCCAAAUAUUACGUAUACUUGUCAAAGUCCUCGACAGUUUGAGCUCCCUAGUAUACCGGAAAAUCGAAAUUUAACAGAAUAUUAUAGUGCAGUUGAUUCGCACAACAUGAUUGUAAUAUUUGCAUCAAUGUUAUAUGAACGUCGUAUAAUAUUUACAUCUAAACGUCUGUCAAGGCUGAGUGCAUGUGUUCAAGCUUGCAAUGCCUUAAUAUAUCCAAUGAUUUGGCAGCACAUAUAUAUACCAGUUUUACCUGUAGCUCUAAUAGAUUAUUUAUUAGCACCUAUGCCAUUUUUAAUUGGCGUUCCUACUCCGAUUCUUGAGCGUGUACAAAAAAAUGAUUUGGGUGAUGUUGUAGUACUCGACGCUGACAACAACAAAAUAGAAUCACCAUUUCAGGAUUUAGAAUCAUUACCUCAAGAUGUUAUUAAUAAUUUGAGAAAAGCUUUACGCAAUAGACCGGCUCUUCUUGGCGAUGGAGUGUCUAGAGCGUUUCUACGUGCACUGGUACAACUUACUGCUGGUUAUCGAGAAGCACUGACACUUCAACAAGGCGAACGUAUUACGUUUGAUCAAAAUGCCUUUGUUGAGAGUCGGCCAUAUUCAAUGCAGCCAUUUUUACGGAAAAUGUUAGAGUUGCAAAUUUUUCAACAAUUUAUAGAGGAAAGACUGCAUAUGCUCAAUUCCGGCCUUGGAUUUUCUGAUGAAUUUGAAAUGGAAGCUUGUAAUUAUUCAGAUAAAUCUAGUAGUAAAAUAAUCCAACAAUAUCGGGAGUGGACAACUACCAUGAAAAAAGAAGGAUCGGCCUUUUUUCGCAGUGUUAAAGAUAAAGCAAAUCCGGCUGUUAAAUAUGCCGUUAAAUCAGUUAAAGAUAAAGGGAAAAAUAUGAAGACUGUUUACAAAGGCUUGAAAUGGAAAAAUCAUUCGCGAGGAAAUGAAAACAGUAUUCGUUUUCAUCAGCCUCGCUCAGCUCCUAGCUCACCAACGUCUGAUAGAAAGCUUAAUAUAUUUGGCUCUGGUUUUAAAUCACCAAGUGGAUUUACCGCAACCACUAGUUACCGAAAAGAACUGCGACUGCGUAACAGCAACAUUCCCGAUACAAGUAGGAAACAGUACUCCCCAUUGAACCCAAGUUCACCAGAAGAAUCAGACUCUCUUCCAGAACGAUUGAAUAUAGACUUGAUGAAUGAACUUCAAGAUGUGAUAUUUCCAAAUACACCAGCAGUAGAUAGAACGUUGAAACCAGUGCGCAGUUUAGACAGUUUACGACCUGCAUGGAGUGGGCGCUUGAGGCACGGCUCACCUCCCUCUGUACCUUCCAAUGACACCCUACCAAACCAAAAUUAUCAAUCUGCUCCUCUAUCAUUUAAAUCAUCUAAUAAUAUUGUUUCUAACGUAAAACAGACGAAGGAUUCACACGAUAACCAGAUCACGAAAAUUAAAAUUAUAAAUCCUCCCGUACUUUUCACUCAAAAAAAAAUUGAAAAAAUAGUCGGUAACAAUUCAGAUAAAAAAAAUAACCAGUUGAUAAAUUUGACUGAUCCUUUUGUUAACGUUGAUGAAAAAUUACGACCGAGUAAAGAAUUAAAUUCUAAUAAUCCUUUUGCGAAUGAUGUUAAUGAAAAGCAAUGUGAUCCUUUCGACACAUCUCCAAUGCAAACUGCUCUUAGUGGUUCUUUUAGUGACCCUAUCACACAUAACCCAUUAAGAAAGAACUAUUCCUCUUUAAAUAAAGAAUUGUCCUCAUGCUCUGCACAUUCAAAGGAAUCAGUUGGGGUACCAGACUUAAUUAGACUGGAUUCAACAAAUAGCGAUGAUGAUUUUGAUCCUCUUUUGUCAAAGUCAUUUGUAACCACCAAUCAAAUGUCACAGUCUCUACAUAUACCUCAAUCAAGUGAGGGUCUCAGUAAUCCUCUGUAUCCUUAUUUUUUACCUCGGCAUAAUAAUACUGAUAGUAAAGGAGUAGAAAAAAAUUCAAAUGAUGAAAUUGGUGACUUGGAUUUGCUUCAAGAGUAUGGAUUAGAUUUUCAUAAAUUCAAUUUAACUAAUGGUGCAUCGUCAACAAGGAUAACGGGAACCACUAGUAAUAUUGAUAAUGUCUUUGGCUCAUCUUUUUCUACGACUACAGCUAAAUCACAAAACCAUUGGACUAAAUUUGAAUGAAAUUAUUACAUUAAUGAUGCAACUGUUUAACAUAUCAUAUUAUUGUAAAUAGAUAAAAUUGUUUUGUUACCCUCUACGUUACGCCAAAAAAGACAAAUAAGUAAGCUUUAAAAUUUCGUUACUUUAUUAUUUUUUAGGACUAGUGUCGUCAAUCAUUUUGUUAUUAUUACUAUUGCUCUGGUAGUGAAAGUAAAUAAAUAACUUGAUAAUAUCAUUCUCAAGCAACUUUGGUUACUGGGAAUAUAGAAUUAAAUAGUGAUAUGAAUAAAUUAUUAACAGAAAAAUCUAAUGAUGGAUAAGGUAGAAGACCCGAUAGCGCAACGACGGCCGUGUGUCAGUAUUUAUUAUUCUAAAAUUAUUGAUGCAACUCAUGAAAAGAAGUAAUUUAAUAGAUCGUUCAGAACUGACAUUAAACUAUGUGAAAAAAUUUUGAAUAUCAGUUUAUGCAAAGUUUAAUAAAUAAAAAAAAUAUUUUUCGAAAAAGUUCAAAAGACCCAGUACCCAAACGCAAAAAAUGCCUAGCCCCUAUACCGGAAUAUGGUUGACCCAAUACCGGAACAGUGAAUAAUAUGAAUGUUUCCAAAUGCCAAAACUACACUUUAUCUAAAUAAUAACUAAAUUAAGGGGGGAGGGGGUAGGGUUUUAAAGGCGAAAAAAAGCAUAUUUUUGUGAUUUUUUCCCGGCGAGAUGAGUAAUAUAAUUUCAUUAAACUUAAUCACAUAUUAUUGUACAACUUUCAAAGAAUAUCAGAAAAAAUUUUCAACAAAAAACAUUGAUUAAUAAGCCGGUGACGUUGAAUCUCCGGAGGCGCCUCGAAAAAAAAGUCGUUUUGCGGUGAACAUCAUAACUCGUUACCGGAUCAUCGGAAAAAAAAAAUUGAUAUGCAUUUUAAAGUUGAUGUAUUUCUCGAGGUAACCACGAAGAGUUUUUUUUUUUUUUUUUUUUUUCGAUUUUUUGCAGCACUUGGAAGUGAAAAACGCGAUUUCAGCUCAAAAAAUCGCGGUUAAUUUGUUAUUAAAAAAUAGAAAAAAAUGAAAAACAAAAAAAAACUCUUCGUAGUUACCUGUUGAUUUAUGUGAAGAAGUAAUGUUCAAAUUUUUAAAAGGAUCGGUUCAGUACAUUUUAAAUUAUGAUGUUCACGGACUGCAAAAAUAACGUUUUCGGGAAAAUCUAUUUAAAGUUUUUUAUUCGUGAAAAUUUGAAACAAACUAUCAAUAAAAGAAUAUGAAUUUUUAUACUUAUAUUGAGUUAUCAGUUUACAUCCUUUGAAAGACAUACAGCCGAAGAAAGGGAUUCGGAAGAACAAAGAAAAUUGCAGCUGAUUUCUACUAGGGGUAUGUAGGGGCAGGUCGGGCAGGUAUAAGAAUCAGAUAUACCGGCCGGUCAUUUGAAACACUGUAACUCCGUUAGUUUUACUCGGAUUGAUUUAAAAUUUGUACACAAUAUUCUCGACAUAUUGUUCAUUCAGAAAAAAAAUAAUUUUAAAACCCUACCCCUUCCCCCCCUUAAUGAAUAGUUGGAAAAUUAGACUAAGUAACAAUACAUUUUCAUUAUAAAAGAUAUAAUUUUAAUUAUGAAAGAUAUAAUUUUUAUAUUGAAAACAAUACACUAAAGAUUUAAAAAUUGCAAAUGAAAUAAGUAAAUUAUUAUUUUUCUUUCCUCGAUAUCUUUCGAUAAUGAUUAAUAUAUAAAUUUAAUGACGAAUAUUUUUUUAUACUUGAUUAUAAAAAUAAACAUAAGAUUUUGAGGUUAAACUUUAUAAAUUAGUUUUAGAGAAAAACAUUAAGUACAAAAAUUUAGUUUUAUUCUUAAAAUUUAGAUUUGAAUUUAAAAUUAUUAGCUCACAAAUUAAAUUUUAAUUUCACUAUAGUGUGUAGACCAUACACUUUAAUCAAAUACACUGCGUGUGUCAGUUAAGAAAGUAAACAUGGCAGACUGUUCCGAUACUGGGUCAGGCUAACUUCUAGCGAACCAAUAAGCGAACAGCAAAAAUUAAUAUAUUUAUUGAAUUUUGUUUAUACAAACACUUAAGAUUGUCAAUUCUAAAUACCUUUACAUACAAAUAAAAAAAAAAGUGUUGAAAAAGUUGCAUUCUACAUUUUUUACAAGCUUAAGACUACUGGCUGUUUUCUUAGCAAAAUCCUUAAGGAAUCGGGGUAAGUCAUAGGUCUCCGCUUGGUUCUACAAUUUUUAUUUUUUUUAAUAUUAUCGAUAGACUGAUAAGUUUUAUUUAUAAUCUAUUUCUGACCAAAAACAUUGAGAUUUCGGAAAAAUAAAACUUCUUAAAAUUCCGUAUUGUACUCAAUAAGAUAUAUUAUAAUAAUCUUGAAACCGUUCCGGUACUGGGUCUCGUUCCGCUAUUGGGUCUUUUACCUUACACUGAGAAAAAUUAUUCGUAAAUUCAAGUGAAUCAUUUACUUUAUGAAUUAUUUUUUAAGGCAAUAUUUUAUAGGCCCAAUACUUACACAGAAAAAAAUUAUUUCUUGACGCAAAAUUUUUUACUCACCCCUAGAAAAUUUUUACUUAUCCCAAGAAAUUUUAUGUAACCCUAAGAAAAUUUUACUCUUCAAUGUAUGAUGCAAAAUAUUUCUUGCGUCAAGAAAUCUUUUUUUUCUGUGUAUAUUCAUAUUGUCAUCCCAACAAGAGAUUGGACUUCGGGUGUCGUCGGUUUUUACUCCCACUCUGGAUGUUUUACGUGUUAAAUGUUCUUCUACUUUUCUGUACGCAUGCGCAGUUCAUAAAUGUUCGGUAGUGGGGGGUUUCCGAGGUCUAUUCUCUUACCAGGACGACAAUAUAAUUCAAGUUGAAUUGUUUAAGGAGGUUCGAGCGAAUCUAAUGUAAAAAGGAUUUUCUAACUUUAAAAUUUGAAACUUAGUAUAUAUAUAACUAAGUACUUUAUCGAUAUAUUCUCGAAAUUUGAACAUGAUCCACCGUCUAGUUUCUUAGAAAAAAAAAGUGUAAAAAGCUAAAGUGGCUAUUAGGGUGAGAGAAAAAACAAAGAUCGAAAUACAUUAAAAAGAGAGACAAGAUAAGAAAUAAAUUUUUCCCGCGUUAUUUUGAAUAUCGAUAUUAAGAAGUUAGAACGCGCAGUUGCCAUAUCUUUUUAUAAAACCAUAUAUGUAAGUCAAAAAUAAUGAAGUCAUUUCAUUUCUUUCAUUAAAUAAGUAAUAAUUAUUAAUUUAUGAAUUCGUUAUGUCAUUAUAAAUUAAAGUUAUGAAUUUUUAUAACUAUUAGGAGAAUUUAGAAAAAAAAACAAUUCAAACACUCCUUUGACUUACCAGUUUCGCUCAAACCUCUUUAAGCAAGAAUAAUAAUUUAAUUGAUUCAAAAAAAUAUGUGAUUUUCACUAAAAAUAUUAUAUUUAUUUAAAUCAAGUAAUUUUUGCUGGCAUCUGCGGAUUAUUUUUCUCAGUGUAUCUUCACAGAAAAAAGGGUUUCUUAGCGCAAAAAAUUUUCACUCGCCCCAAGAAAUUUUUUGUAUUAUAAAUUGAAAGAAAAAUUUUUGCGCCAAAAAAUACUUUUUUUUCGGUGUAUGCUAUGCAUAAUAUUGACACGUGUCAUUUGACAGUAAGACAUUUUUUACGUGCUUUCAUAUAUUUUAAAAGGGUCUAAGCCUAGAAAUACUCAACUGAUGUUUUAAUACUCUUCAAAAAAUAUCAAUAGUCAAUUUUUUUGAAACACUCAAUUAUACAAAAAAAAGGAUUUCUUGGCGGAAUACAAAUUUUCAUUAUGAAAUGAAAACAAAAAUUUACUUAGGACUAAAAAAAAUUUCUUGCGCAAAGAAAUUUUUUCUCCCCACAAGAAAAUUUCCGUUUUCAAUUCUCGGAGAUACAGAUUACUUGACUAGUACAACUAUCAUAGUACAACCUACCUUUUACCUCUCGUUCUAAGACGGAUAUAUGCACACGGUGUACGGGCCUAACGACGGCCGGUUCGCGCGGGUCAAAGGAUACGGAGUUAUUGGUUCUGCUCAACGACUAAUACCACGAGCUCUGCUCAACGACUAAGACCACGAGUUCUGCUCAACGACUAAGACCACGAGCUCUGCUUAACGACUAAGACCACAAGCUCUGCUUAACGACUAAGACCACGAGCUAUGAUGCUUAUGUGUUUUUAUAUAUCUGUAAUCAACUUUUUUAUGGGGAAUAAUAAAUUAAUGUCAUUGGUAGAAAAUGACGUUUGAUUUCCUUUGUCAAGUGGUCAUUAGUCCGUCAUUCGUGCAAUAUUGGUCAACACAUAGAGGCAAAUGUAGGUACAUGCUUACGCUGUGUUUUCGCAAUUUUAUUAAAGGUGUUAUACUUUUUAGUAAAACUUGGCAAUCAAUGAAAUUGAUAGUAAUUUUAAAGAACGUAGGGAUGUCAUAACAGCGCCAAGAAAUCCUUGUUUUUUGUGCACAUAAAUUUUCGAGCCGAUGGUAUUUUUGUAUUCACUCUACUUGACGCAAUACUAACUUAUGGUAAAAUUUUUUUAAAGUUUCGUUAUAAGACUUGCGACAUUAUUUGACUAAUUUUUUAGGAGUACUACGUUGGGAUUUUAAUUUAAAUGUGUACAGAAAAAAUUUGACGGUGAGCACGAAAAAAAAAAUCCUGCUGCUAAAUGGCAGUCUAUUAUGUAUUACCACGACAAUUAUUUUUCUUAUUUUGAAAGUUUAUUAGUUUCUCGCCAAAAUAUUUAAUAAUCAUCGAAAUAAAGAGCCACCAAUAAUUUGAGUAAUUAUUAUUCGGUAUUAAGACCUUGCUGGACCAGAAUUUGAAAUUGUUAAAUUAACAACAGUUUUUUACAUACAACUUUGAAAGAAAAUCGAUCCGUACAUAUUUCUCAAAAACAAAGACAAGUUUUUCUCUUAAAUCUUUGAAAACUUAUCGUAAAAUUGUUCUGAACAUUUUUUCAAAUUUUUCAACUAAAAUACGUUUAAAAACAAAAAUUUUGAAAAAAAAAUGUCAAAUUUCGUUCAUCUUUCGCGUAGUUAUAAGCAUAUAAAAAAAAUAUUGUAAUUUUUCGAAACUUGAUAUCUCUUUAAUGUUUCUAUAAAAAAAAAUGUCAAAAAAUCGGAGAUGCUAAUGCAAACUGGUGGUUAAUUGAGCCUGGAAAUUUCUGUCCUGUGCACAGAAAAAAAUAAUUUCUUGACGCACGAAAAAUUACUCAUUAUGGAUUGAAAAAAAAAAAUUUUAUUAGGACUAGAAAAAAUUACUGGUCGCAAGACAAUUCCUCCAAGGAAAUUUUUUUUUAAUUUAUACUGCAAGAAAAUACUCGGGGCAAGUAAAAAUUUUCCGCGCCAAGAAAUUUGUUUUUUUCUGUGUAUAUUUAUAAUACAAAAAUUAAAACAAUAUGUCAGUCUACCAUAGCAAAUUAUUAUUGUAAAAUAUAUUUUAUAUUAAAAAUAUUAAUUAUUAAUUAUAUGUAAAUUAUACUAAAAAGUUAUCUAGUAAUACUCUUCCAUAAAUGUUGUUUAGUCUGUUUUUCGUUUUGUUAAACAAUGAUGUCAAUUUUUUUUAAUCAAAAUAUAAUAGUAUUCAAUAGCACAAAUAAAAAAUAUAUGAAUUUUAAUACUA